AUGCGAGCCUUCAGAGAUUUUUUUGAAGGCGUGGCACGCACCGUUAGAACAGAGAAUUGGAUUCCCAGUUCGUACAGUUGGAUAAGUGAAAUGCAUUGGAAUGAUAGGGAACGUCCUCAGCGUUGUUCCUUGUCCUUCGCUGAUUAG